UUCACUCUGCCUCCGGUCCAGAUGGUGGCGAUAAAGCGCUAUAUUUUGUAUAAGCAACUAGAAGAAGAUUAUCUGGUUGCUCGUGGCGACAACAGGGCGUCAUUAAAAACCUUUCUAUUUCGCCUUUAGUUAGCUUGUCAUGUUUCUCUGAUUUAUUUAAAUGACUUCAGGACAGCUUCUUGGAAAUUAGAUCGUUUUCAGGGAGGAGCAUUUUAUGGAAAUUCCGAGAUUCCAGUGAAAGUCCAGGUUAGCUUAUGGCAGAGCUGCAUAUAAUUGGCCAGAUCAUUGGAGCGAGCGGAUUUCCUCAAAGCAGUCUCUUUUGCAAGUGGGGAGUCCAUACAGGCGGCGCAUGGAGACUUCUGUCUGGCCUCAGGGAGGGUCAGACCCAAGUAGACUUCCCCCAGACUGGAGAAAUGGCCUAUUGGAGCCACCCAAUGGACCUCCACUAUACCACCAAGGGUCUCCAGGGUUGGCCUAAGCUACACGUGCAGGUGUGGCACCAGGACUCCUUUGGCCGUUGUGAACUUUACGGUUACGGCUACUGCCACAUACCGUCCAGCCCGGGUCACCAUCGCCUGCAGUGUGUGACGUGGCGGCCCCUGGGGUCCUGGCAGGAACAGCUGGCCCAGAUGUUUGUUGGUGGUGGACCACAACUGCGAUCGCCAGACCUCAUCUACAGUGGAGCUGACCGAUAUCGCCUGCACACAGUCGCCAUGGGCGUCGUAGAGGUGGAACUGGGCAUCAUUCUGCGUCAUUUCGACAGAUAUGGCAUUGAGAGCUGAAGGCGUGGACUAUGAGAAUGCCAUGCUGAGAAGACAUUCCAACAUACGGAGAGAGAUGUUGGCUGAAGAAUGGCAUUUGGUAUUGAGUAUCAUAUGAAUGCCAUUUGGUAUUGUGUAUCAUCAGUAACCCAAGAGGGUUAUAUAUAAACACCAAAUGUUCAGUUGGAGGAGUCGUGGUACUUGGUACUUCAAAGGUGCUCGGCUAGUCAGAUCCAGGGGCCCUACAGAAAUAUUUUGCAAGCCAUUUAUGCCUUCUCGUCACGACUGAUCAUGUUUUUAUGUUACGUUUAUAUAACCCAGAGCUUUUAAAUUGUAUAGCUUUUAAAACACAUUUCUACAGCAUUUUAACAACACAUUUCUACGGCAUUGUUUUAUUGUGUUGAGUUUUUUUUAAAUGACCAUUGUUUAUGUAAUAAAAAUGUUUCAGCCUGAA